UAGCGCUGAACGGAGUGUUUCAUGACGCGCUCGCGUGAAUUAUCACGUAUCCAUUUAACCGCCGUGGGGAUCACGAUCUCGAGGAGUGACGGAACACGGAGCGCAUUCCAUUUAUCCAGGUAAACAUUAGUGAACACUCCUCUGCGGUUAAAGUCUGUCAGUAACAGCAUGUUCCACUGACAACUCGACCAACUUUAUUUGGAUGUCACGUCCCAGGCAUUAAAAUGGUGUCACACGUCUGGAAAUGAACUCAUUGUGACAAGAAGACGCGCAUCAAGUAGGAACCACAAACAAUAUUAUAUUUCUUUCUUUAUUUUAUUGUACAGCAGCAAAUAUGAAUGGUCACUUAUGCGUUUUCCUGUUGCUGUUGACUGGUGAUGCAGAGCAGCGUGACUGCUGAUGUCCUCCAGAGAUCUAAAGAGCCCGGAUCUGCUCAGCUGAAGAUCACAACACAGGGGGAGACCCAGGCACUGCGAGAAGUUAGCAUUCCCUCAUUGCACCAGCUGUUGGGAAAAGAGGAUCUGCAGACAUUCAUCUCUUCUUGAGAAAGGGUCUUUGAGACCUUUGGAAUGUGCCUACUUGCUUUCAUUUUUCCAAUAUAUUGGAUGUCUUGAUUUUUUGUGAAAAGUGCUUCACAAAAUAGUUGUUCUAGAGAGAUACCAGGUCACUUUCUUUGACCUCUGGUCAGUGGGAAAAUUUUCCUUUGGUUAGCUUUGAGAAAAUGAACUCAGCUAACUCUUAGAUAAACUCUGUAAGAGUUUAAACAACGUGAUUCCCGGAAAAUGAUAGCUAUGGAAUGUUUGUUUGCUUUAAAAUCUUGGUGAGUGAACUCUACUGUACCACAGCGAAACAUCCAGCUGGUCUCUUUUCCAUUGGAUCCUGGAAGGCCUGAGUUUCAUCAAGUUUAUCAUCAUGGUGAUGUCGCAGGGCACCUACACAUUUUUGGUGUGCUUUGCCGGCUUCUGGCUGAUAUGGGCGCUCAUUGUCAUGCUCUGCUGCUUUUGCAGCUUUUCCCAACGAAAACUGAAGCGCCGCCGUGAAGAGAGGCUGAGAGAACAGUGUCUGCGGGCACUGGAGAUGGAGCCUUUGGAGUGCACAGGUGGAGGCUAUCCCCUCAGAGAGCCCCCCCAGUUCUGCCCACCACUUCAAAUGAUGCCCCCACAGUUGCCUCUUACCCACACUCUCCCUCAAGCAAACUGGACUGUUCUUGAAGCAGACACGGAUGCCUUUGGAAAACCUCCUUGCUAUGAAGAAGCCGUUUUGAUGGAGGACCCUCCACCCCCUUACAGUGAGGUUCUGGCUGACCCUAGAGGAGGAACAUACACCAAACAAUCAACCAGAUCCUCCAGGGAGCACCAGGAAACUGAGACCAGCAAGUUGGCCCCCUUGACCGUGUUUCCGGAACGUGGCUACACCUCCCUCAUACGCCUACCGUCAGCCAGGCGCUGGGACUCGCUGGGACACCUUCUGUCCACCAUGGACCUCAACCACAACAAUCUGCCAGUAGAACCUUUGGCCUCUGCCAUUGCCACCAUGCCUCGUGAGGCCCGGACUCACACAGACUUGGGCCUUCGGGGGCUCCGUGAUCUGGAUCAACACUACGGUUUGCCCUCUGCCUUUCCCCUUCUGGGGCGAAGCACAGCAGUAUGAACCCCACAAAAAAGACCUGUGGAACACUUUCUUGCAAAGCUGAGUCAUUUGUGGGAAGUGGAGUCUGCAAAAGGCAUUUAAAAUGUUUUGAUUGGAGUUUGAGGGCAAAUCAAGUUCAGAAUAUUGAGCUUUGUCUAUCUAUAUUUUAUAUUUAGAGGGGUUCACAACAGAUCCAUCAUCCUCUCUUUUCUCCCUCAUGCUCUGUGGCAUCUACACCUGAUUCAGAGCAGCAGCUAUUAUGUGAAUUCUGUUGCCAUGGCUCACAGAACUGCCUGCAGCCCACCAAUGCCUCACCUUCACAUCCUCUCUUCCUCUCUCUCUUCUCAUUUGCAGCUUUGUGAUAUAAUACAAAUUACAUUUCAUACCCUGUCUUUGUAAAUCAGGGUGUAGUGCCGGCACAUAUUGAAAUAACAGUGGUUGGUCGGUACUGUAGCAACACAAUGCUGCUCGACUGUAUAAAUGUUAUUUUAUAAAACGUGAAACAAUACCUGUCUUUCAAGGUAAACGUUUCGAAAAUGAUUCUUUUUUUUUUAUUUCUCUGGAGGGAUUUUUGACUCUUUGGGGAUUUAAAAUUGUUCUUCAAAAGGAUUUUCUGAAGCUGCCCGAAGAAAAAAAAAAGAAAGAAACGUCUGUAGUCUCCAUUUGAGGAAGAUGCCUCCUACAGCUUUUAAUUCAUUAGUCCUUGCGGGUACAUUGAGAGAUUGCCUUUGAUUUCAUGUGAUUAGUACAAUCCUCUUUUUUAAAUUUUCAGAAUCUCUGUAUGAAUUAUUUUUCUGUAUAGCAUUAAAACAGUCCUCCUAAAGUGCUCCUCAAAUUGAUGAUAGGGCCUGAAUGUUGGGAAUUGAGAAUGUUGUAACCGUUUCACACAACAUAAUGUUGCUCAUACAACACAACAUUGCCCUGCUGUUGUUGUGGCCACAGCAAUUGAGAUUACCAGCUUAAACUGGAUUCACACUGGUGCUUGUCCUAGUAAGAAAACGGAAUCCACUUUGGUAUCGCAGCAUGUUAUUCUUCUUGUGGUGAUUGCUGCAUUGUGAAAAAGGCUUGAUUUUUUUUUUCAUUAUUGCCAUCAUUUCCUAUUAUGUUUCCGUGCCCUUCAAUGACUACCUCAAUCUAAUGGCUGUCUUUGUCAGCUUCCCAACACAUAACGCUGCUUUCUUGCAUGCGCUAGAUGCAUUCAAAUGAAAUCUGAUUAAAAUAUGUACAAUUUUGGAAAUGUGAAAAGCAAUUAGUGGCAUAAAUAGACACAGGUUCAGCACAAUGCUUCAUAGUGACGUCUUUGCUUCAUGACGACAAUGCAAUGCUUAGUUUUUUAGCUGGGCAGCCAUUUCUAAAACUCACAUUAUAAAGACUUGCUCUUUUGUUGUGUCCACUUAUCUUAAAAGGUGUAGGCAUUGUUCCCUUCUUUAUAAUAACCCGUGCACAAAUCAAUUAUAUAAUACAAAUUAAAAUAAAUUAUAUAACAAUAAAGAACAAUGCUUUUUCAAAUUAAUGAAGGGUGACUGAGGCCAACAUUCUUUCUAUCCCUUUAAAGUAUUAUUCUUAAUAUGUUAAGCUCAAUUAAUAUGUGCUUUUACAAAAUUAUAAGCUUCACAUUUCUGCCCUUAAACUCUCAAAAAUUGUCGCUAUUCACUUCCAUUGUGCCUCACUCUUACUGUAAUUUCGGAGGGACAAGCUGAAAUAAUUUUUUAGUAAUCAACAUUAUGCCAGAAAUGCUAAUGUUCAACUUGUAUUGAACCCAGAACAUUUCUUUAAGGAAGAGAAUGCCUUAACUAACAACUCAAGGCCGAAGUAUGCCCUCUCUGUUUAAAGUAAAGAUUGAGAAUGUCCAAUGCAUUAAAUGUCCAAAUGGCUAUCAAUUCAGAUGAAAUAUUAAUAGACAAGACAAUCAAUGUAAAAAUCAAUAAGCUUUGCGAUAUCACUGCACCUUAAUCUCAUUUUACA